AUGCCAAAAAUCAUCUUAAUACAUCAUACUGCUACAAAGUCAUUCGAUGAUACUCUCAGUGCUUUGAACUCAAGAGGACUUUCCGUUCAGUACAUAGUUUCGAAAAAAGGAACAGUUUACCAACAAGUUCGCGAUUUUUAUCGCGCUUGGCAUGCUGGUACGGGAGUAUGGCGAGAGGUCACCGAUGUGAACAGCUAUAGCGUCGGAAUUGAAAUUGUCAACACAGGAGAUGAACCUUACCCACAAGAACAGAUAACUGCUGUGAGUUCACUGGUAGCUAUGUUGAAACAUCGUUGGCAUGUUCAUCCAAAUUACAUUAUUGCUCAUGCCGACAUCGCACCCGAAAGGAAAGACGAUCCAAGCGGAUAUUUCCCGUGGUCAACUCUAUACGAAAAGGACUCUAUGUAUCCCGGACUAUUCAACACUUCCAUGAGUCACUCAAGGCAACAUGGUGUCAUUAUUGGCAAGAAUGUUACCUACACAGCCGCACGAUUGGAGCAAAUUCAAAAUGAUCUAAUGGAACUUGGAUACAAGUCUUUGAUACUGAAGUCUGGAGUAUAUGAUAUUAACACGGCAAUGGUAUUUCAAGCUUUUAAUCGACACUUUGCACCAGAGAUUUUCGUCAAAGAAACAAUAGGCCCUAAUGACGAAACGCAAUAUCAUCAGUCAAAUCAGUACUGGUACGGUAUCUCACAGGAGCGCCUGCAAAAGCUCAUGAGCUGA